UUGGCUGUUUGCCUAUGCAUCUGUUUUUCGGUUCAGGAGCCAUAGCUCUUAGACAGCACCUAGGGAGUUAAGUUAGAAGGAUCAUGAUCAUGUAAACACUGCAAAUGCCAUCUUCCCUGAAAAUGCUGAAAUCCACCUGCUUUGUUGUAGGAACUGAGAGAUAGUGAAAGAAUUCAAGAUGCCACCUAAUAUAAAAUGGAAAGAAUUAAUCAAAGUUGAUCCAGAUGAGCUGCCACGUCAAGAAGAGUUGGCAGAUAAAUUAUUGAUAUCCUUAUCCAAGGUGGAAGUAAAUGAACUAAAAAAUGAAGAUCAAGAAAACAUGAUACAUCUGUUCAGAAUUACUCAGUCACUAAUGAAGAUGAAAGCUCAAGAAGUGGAGCUGGCCUUGGAAGAGGUUGAAAAGGCUGGAGAAGAACAAGCAAAAUUUGAAAAUCAAUUAAAGACAAAAGUAAUGAAACUGGAAAAUGAACUGGAGAUGGCUCAGCAGUCUGCAGGUGGACGUGACACUCGGUUUUUACGUGAUGAAAUUCGCCAACUUGAAAAGCAAUUGGAACAAAAAGAUAGAGAAUUAGAGGAUAUGGAAAAAGAACUGGAUAAAGAAAAGAAAGUUAAUGAACAAUUGGCCCUUCGAAACGAGGAGGCAGAAAAUGAAAACAGCAAAUUAAGAAGAGAGAAUGAACAGCUUCGUCAGGACAUUAUUGACUACCAGAAACAAAUAGAUUCACAAAAAGAAUCACUUCUGUCAAGGAGAGGAGAGGACAGUGACUACCGAUCACAGUUAUCUAAAAAGAACUAUGAACUUGUUCAAUAUCUGGACGAAAUACAGACCUUAACAGAAGCUAAUGAGAAAAUUGAAGUUCAGAACCAAGAAAUGAGGAAAAACCUAGAAGAGUCUGUACAGGAAAUGGAGAAGAUGACUGAUGAAUAUAACAGGAUGAAAGCGAUUGUGCAUCAGACAGAUACUGUUAUGGACCAGAUCAAAAAGGAGAAUGAGCACUACCGCCUUCAAGUGCGAGAGCUCACAGAUCUUCUGAAAGCAAAGGAUGAAGAGGAUGAUCCCGUCAUGAUGGCCGUCAAUGCAAAAGUGGAGGAAUGGAAGUUAAUUUUGUCUUCUAAAGAUGAUGAAAUCAUUGAAUACCAGCAAAUGUUACAGAGUCUGAGAGGGAAACUUAAAAAUGCCCAGCUUGAUGCUGAUAAAAGUAACAUUAUGGCUCUGAAGCAGGGUAUCCAGGAACGAGACAGUCAAAUUAAGAUGCUUACUGAACAAGUAGAACAGUAUACGAAAGAAAUGGAAAAAAAUACUUUUAUUAUUGAAGAUUUGAAAAAUGAGCUCCGAAAAGACAAAGGUACUUCAAACAUUUAUCAGCAGACUCAUUAUAUGAAAAUCCACUCAAAGGUACAAAUUUUAGAAGAGAAAACAAAAGAGGCCGAGAGAACAGCUGAGCUGGCUGAGGCCGAUGCUAGGGAGAAGGACAAAGAAUUGGUUGAGGCUCUGAAGAGAUUAAAAGAUUAUGAAUCCGGAGUAUAUGGCUUAGAAGAUGCUGUUAUUGAAAUAAAGAAUUAUAAAGCCCAAAUUAAAAUAAGAGAUGGAGAGAUUGAAGUGUUGACCAAGGAGAUCAAUAAGCUUGAGAUGAAGAUCAAUGAUGUCCUUGAUGAAAAUGAAGCUCUUAGAGAGCGGGCCGGCCUCGAACCCAAGACGAUGAUUGAUCUGACUGAAUUUAGAAAUAGUAAACGCGUAAAGCAGCAGCAGUACAGAGCUGAGAACCAGAUUCUUUUGAAAGAGAUCGAAAGUCUAGAGGAAGAACGUCUUGACUUGAAGAGAAAAAUUCGUCAAAUGGCUCAAGAAAGAGGCAAAAGGAGUGCAGCCUCAGGAUUAACCAUUGAUGAUCUGAACCUAACUGAAACCUUUUCUCACGGGGAUAAAAUAGGAGAAAGAAAGCUAAAUUUUAUAAGCUUCAAUAAUAUGAAUGAAACACAAUCAAAGAAUGAAUUUCUUUCAAGAGAACUGAUUGAAAAGGAAAAAGAUUUAGAAAGAAGUAGGACAGUAAUUACUAAAUUUCAGAAUAAAUUAAAAGAAUUAGUUGAAGAAAAUAAGCAACUUGAAGAAGGUAUGAAGGAAAUUUUGCAAGCCAUUAAGGACAUGCCAAAGGAUUCUGAUGUGAAAGGAAGUGAAACAUCUUUAAUCAUCCCGAGUCUUGAAAGACUGGUUAAUGCUAUGGAAUCAAAGAAUGCAGAAGGAAUCUUCGAUGCUAGUUUGCAUCUGAAAGCCCAAGUUGAUCAACUUACAGGAAGGAAUGAAGAAUUAAGGCAAGAACUCAGGGAAUCUCGGAAAGAAGCAGUAAAUUAUUCCCAGCAGUUGGUAAAAGCAAACUUAAAGAUUGAUCACCUUGAGAAAGAAACAGACCUUCUGCGUCAAUCUGCAGGCUCCAAUGUAGUUUACAAAGGCAUAGACUUACCUGACGGGAUAGCACCAUCUAGUGCCUACGUCAUCAACUCUCAGAAUGAGUAUUUAAUACAUCUUUUGCAGGAACUAGACAAUAAAGAAAAGAAAUUAAAGCACUUAGAAGAUUCUCUUGAAGAUUAUAACAGAAAAUUUGCAGUGAUUCGACAUCAACAAAGUUUAUUAUAUAAAGAAUAUCUAAGUGAAAAGGAUGUUUGGAAAGCAGAUUCUGAGAUGAUAAAAGAGGAGAAGAGAAAGCUGGAGGACCAGGUUCAGCAGGACGCUGUGAAAGUAAAAGAGUAUAAUAAUUUGCUCAAUGCCCUUCAGAUGGACUCGAAUGAAAUGAAGAAAAUGCUUUCAGAAAACAGUAGGAAAAUCACGGUUCUGCAAGUGAAUGAGAAGUCCCUCAUCCGGCAAUAUACAACCUUAGUGGAGAUAGAGCGGCAACUUAGAAAAGAAAACGGGAAACACAAGAAUGACGUCAUAUCCAUGGAAGCCGAAGUUACUGAAAAAAUUGGAAGUUUGCAGAGAUUUAAGGAAAUGGCCACCUUUAAGAUUGCAGCUCUUCAGAAAGUUGUAGAUAACAGUGUUUCUUUGUCUGAACUAGAACUAGCCAAUAAACAGUACAAUGAGCUGACUACGAAGUACAGGGACAUCUUGCAGAAAGAUAACAUGCUUGUUCAGAGAACAAGUAACUUAGAACACCUAGAGUGUGAAAAUGCAUCGCUGAAAGAACAGAUGGAGGGGCUCAGUAAAGAGCUGGAGAUCACAAAGGAAAAGCUCCAUACCAUCGAACAAGCCUGGGAACAAGAAACGAAGUUAGGAAAUGAAUCAAACAUGGAUAAGGCAAAGAAAUCAAUGACAAAUAGUGACAUUGUUUCUAUUUCAAAAAAAAUCACUGUGUUGGAGAUGAAAGAAUUAAAUGAAAGGCAGAGGGCUGAACACUGUCAGAAAAUGUAUGAGCACCUAAGAACUUCGUUGAAGCACAUGGAAGAACGAAACUUUGAAUUGGAAACCAAGUUCACUGAGCUUACCAAAAUCAACCUGGAUGCACAGAAGGUGGAGCAGAUGCUGAGAGAUGAAUUAGCUGAUAGUGUGAACAAGGCUGUGAGCGACGCCGAUAGACAGCGGAUUCUUGAACUGGAGAAGCGUGAAGUGGAGCUCAAAGUGGAAGUGUCCAAACUGAGAGAGAUUUCUGAUAUUGCCAAAAGACAAGUUGAUUUUUUGAAUUCACAACAACAGUCCAGGGAAAAGGAAGUGGAAUCCCUCCGAAUGCAGCUGCUGGACUUCCAGGCACAAUCUGAUGAAAAGGCGCUAAUUGCCAAAUUGCACCAACACGUUGUCUCUCUUCAAAUUAGUGAGGCCACAGCUCUUGGUAAGUUAGAGUCAGUUACGUCUAAACUCCAGAAGAUGGAAGCCUGCAACUUGCGCUUAGAACAGAAACUGGACGAAAAGGAGCAGGCUCUCUACUACGCCCGCUUGGAGGGUAGAAACAGAGCCAAUCACCUGCGCCAGACCAUUCAGUCUCUACGACGACAGUUCAGUGGUGCUUUACCCUUGGCUCAGCAGGAAAAGUUCUCCAAAACAAUGAUUCAGUUGCAAAAUGACAAACUUAAGAUAAUGCAAGAAAUGAAAAAUUCUCAACAAGAACAAAGAAAUAUGGAAAACAAAACAUUGGAAAUGGAAUUAAAAUUAAAAGGCUUAGAAGAAUUGAUAAGCACUUUAAAGGAUGCCAGGGGAGCCCAGAAGGUAAUCAAUUGGCAUGUGAAAAUAGAAGAACUUCGCCUUCAAGAACUUAAGCUAAAUAGAGAGCUAGUCAAGGGUAAAGAAGAAAUCAAAUAUUUGAAUAAUAUCAUCUCGGAAUAUGAACAUACAAUCAGCAGUCUGGAGGAAGACAUUGUUCAGCAGAGCAAGUUUCAUGAAGAAAGACAAAUGGCUUGGGAUCAAAGAGAAGUUGAGCUGGAACGCCAAUUAGACAUUUUUGAUCGUCAGCAAAAUGAAAUACUCAGUGCAGCACAAAAGUUUGAAGACGCAACAGGAUCAAUGCCCGACCCCAGCUUGCCCCUUCCAAACCAACUUGAAAUUGCUCUAAGAAAAAUUAAGGAGAAUAUUCAAAUAAUUCUUAAAACACAAGCAACUUGCAAGUCACUAGAAGAGAAACUAAAAGAAAAAGAAUCUGCUUUACGGUUGGCAGAGCAAAAUAUUCUGUCAAGAGACAAAGUAAUCAAUGAACUGAGGCUUCAAUUGCCUGCCACAGCUGAUCGAGAAAAACUUAUAGCUGAGCUCAACAGAACAGAGCUGGAGCCAAAAUCUCAUCACACGAUGAAAAUUGCCCAUCAAACCAUUGCCAACAUGCAGGCGAGGUUAAAUCACAAGGAAGAAGUAUUGAAGAAGUACCAGCAUCUUCUGGAGAAAGCCAGAGAGGAGCAAAGAGAAAUUGUUAAGAAACAUGAGGAAGACCUUCAUGUUCUUCAUCACAAAUUAGAGCAACAGGCCGAUAAUUCACUCAGUAAAUUCAAACAGACAGCUCAGGAUUUAAUUAAGCAGUCUCCUGCUCCAGUACCCACCAACAAGCAUUUCAUUCGCCUGGCCGAGAUGGAACAGACAGUAGCAGAACAAGAUGACUCUCUCUCUUCACUUUUGACCAAACUGAAGAAAGUAUCAAGAGAUUUGGAAAGACAAAAAGAAGUCACUGAGUUCAAAGUCAGAGAAUUUGAAACUACCAAAUUACGGCUCCAAGAAACUCAUGCCAAUGAAGUAAAGAAAAUGAAAGCAGAGGUAGAGGACUUAAGGCAUGCUCUAGCCCAAGCACAGAAGGACUCCCAGAGUUUAAAGUCUGAACUCCAGGCUCAGAAAGAAGCAAACUCCAGGGCACCAACAACCACAAUGAGGAAUCUAGUAGACAGGCUAAAGAGCCAGCUAGCUUUGAAAGAGAAGCAGCAAAAGGUAAGUGCCUCAUGGCCACCAAGGAAAAGGGCUAGAAAUCUGGAGGUCCGAAAAAGGCACUAAGCACUGUUGAAAGAAAAGAAUGUGGUUUCUAAUGUGGUUGCUUAGAAAUUCUUUCACAUGGCUCUGCUCUGCGCUAAUGCUAUU